AACUUUAAUAUAUGGCCGAAAUUAAUGUGUUUGGUCCGGGACUGUCGGGUGGAGAGACGGGCAAAAAGUGUAUGAUUUACGCGUCUGGCGCCUCGUGUGCCGAUCUGGACGAUGGUCUAACCGUUGCUGUGUCGGGACCGGGAGGUAGUAAAGUGGACGUUAUGACCGACUUUAGCAAACCUAACGAUGAUGGCAAUGUUGAAGCAUAUUAUUUUCCAUUGGUGUCGGGUGAUUAUAAGAUAACGGUGCGAUUUAGAGGCAGACAGUUGAAAGGCAGUCCAUUUACCGUCAAAAUUACUGGCGAUGUCAUCGAUGCAGAAAAACUAUUAUCCAGAGUUGCAGUACAUGGCCGGGGCUAUGAACUGGGAAAGGCCUACGCAAUGAAUGAAUUUGUGGUUGACUGCAGUGGCCUAAAGCCGGUAAUCGGUUCGCUGAGAGUCCAUAUGAAAGGCCCGGAGCGGUCGGCAGCUCAGCUAAACAUUAGGGACAAUAAAAACGGUACGUUUAAGGUGUCCUAUAAGCCAACAUCACCCGGUAUGUACAUCAUGAACAUCAAAAUUGCCGAAACACAUAUACCCGGAUCACCCUUUCAAGUAAAGGUCACCGAGUUUUUGUCAAACAAAUAG